UCCGAUACUGCGCGCCGACACGACGUGGUGAGGCCGUUGUGCGCCGUGUCGGUUAAGGUGAAGUGUAUACACAGAGCGGUAUGAGCGGUUUGCGGAGCGGUGUUGGAAGGAAUUGCGAAAGAAUUUUACGAACAUGGUCGGCCUACUCCUCCACGUGCUCUACUUGUUGGGCAAAUGCAUAUACGAUAGAUAUCGCGUCAAGAGAACGAGGCUCCUACCCGACGUCGCGAACGAGGCGGAGCUGUUCCGUUACGAUUACGACACGUUCGACGAUGUCUCGGAGUUCGAGGAUACGUGCUGGUGGACGCACAGGACGAUAAACAACUUCUUCCCACCGGCGUACAUACAGCGAUACUGUGCGGUGACGGAAGUGCUCAGCCAGUACAAGGGAAAAUUGUCAAAGGUUGUUGACUUUGGGUGUGCGGAGCUAGGCUUCCUGGUUUAUUUGAAAGGUAUACCGGAAGUGGAACAGAUACUCUGCGUAGACGUGGACAGGGAGGUUCUAGAAAGAAAUGAAAGAAAAGCGGCACCGUUAAUCACGGAGAUGAUGUCCAGUCGAGAGAGAAAGCUUACGAUAGAGAUUUGUGAAGGCAGUGUAACGGACAAUGAUAUAAAGUUGAAGCAUGCAAAUGCUGUAAUAUGCAUUGAAUUGAUUGAGCAUUUGUAUCCAGAUACAUUGAUAGAUCUUCCUUUUAAUAUUUUUGGCUACAUCAAGCCAGAAGUAGUAAUAGUGACAACACCAAAUGUGGAAUUUAAUGUAGUAUUUCCAAAUAUGUCAGGCUACAGACAUCCAGAUCAUAAGUUUGAAUGGACAAGGGAACAAUUUCAAGACUGGGCACAAAAUAUUGUGGUAAGAUAUCCGUAUUAUAGCGUGACAUUUCAAGGAAUUUGUAAUGGACCCGAAGGCACUGAGGAAUUAGGCGCAGUGACGCAGAUGGCGGUGUUUCACCGAAUUUUACCGAGGAAUGAAUCAAGAAUAGAGAUUAUAAUGCCAGAUGAAUACAUUAAGUUAAGAGGGCAACAUGCGUUGUAUAAUACAAUAGCUAAAUAUGAGUACAGUACAGGACAGUGCGACAAUCGUUCAGACGAACGAAAGAUACUGGAUGAAGCGACGUAUUACAUCCAUUAUCUAAAUGAUAUAAAUGAUGACGAGGAUACCAUCGGUGAAGUACACCUGACCCGUAUAUUGGAGUUCAUGUCCAAGUAUACCGUUUCGUUGGAAACGUUGAGGUCGAUUCUGACAGACGCAGGAUGGAGCGUCGUAGAUCGAGAAAAUGGACCAGCAGUGCUUCUUGAGCCUUUCGAGAGUUCUGAUGAAAUGUCGAACAUAAGCAAUGAUUAUAGUAACAUGGAGAAUGAUGAUUGGGACAACGAAUAUGAAAAUUCAAGGGACGAUUCGAUAAAUAUGGAGAACAUAUGGGACUAUGAAACUGGGGAACGCAUAGGUGAAAUAUACGUGGAUGCGGGUGAAGUUUAUGGAUCUCGGCAAAACCUACAUACUGAAGAUUGGAAUGAAGAGUCUAAUGUCACAAAUGAGGAGAGCAGAUUGGACUAUAUAACUAAUUCAUCCGUAAAUGACGCAUCUGCAGAUACAAAUGGAGAAUAUUCAUCUCGACAAAAUCCGCAUGCUGAAGGUUUGCAUGAAGAACCUGAUGUCACAAGUGAGGAGAACAGAUGGGGCUGUGCAACUAAUUCAUCCAUAAAUGUUGCGUCCGCAGAUACAAAUGGAGAAUAUUCAUCUCGACAAAAUCCGCAUGCUAAAAGUUUGCGUGAAGAGCCUAAUGUCACAAGUGAGGAGAACAGAUGGGGCUGUGCAACUAAUUCAUCCAUAAAUGUUGCAUCCGCAGAUACAAAUGGAGAAUAUUCAUCUCGACAAAAUCCACAUACUGAAAGUUUGCACGAAAAGUCUAAUGUCACAAAUGAGGAGAAUAAACAAGAUUAUGUAACUAAUUCACCUAUAAAUGAGCCAGUUGCAGAUGCAAAUGAAGAAUAUUUAUCUGAACAAGAUCUGCAUACCGAGAGUUGGCUUGACAGUCCCAAUUUUACGGAUGAUGAGGAUGGAUGGGAUUAUGAGUCUCGCAUAAAUAAGACACACAAUGCGGACAUAGAAGAGGAAUCUUUAUCUACGCAAAAUCCGCAUACCGAAAAUUGGCCUGAAGAAUCCAAUUUUACAAAUGAGAUGAACAGACGGGACUGUGAAUUUGGUCUAUCCAUAAAUCAGACAUUUGCGGAUGCGAAUGAAGAAUAUUCAUCUGUGGAAAAUCCUCGUAUUGAAAAUUGGCACGAGGAACUCAGCAUUAUCAUACCCGAAAAUUGCUCUAUUAACCAAGAGAACACUUAUUUGUAUGAUGGCGAAAAUUCUUUAGUGGAAGAAUCUCAUUUGUCUAAAGAGCUGCGUGCAACGUGUGACGAUAGCCGCAAACGUUCAGCAGUUAGAAAUACCGCAGAAUCUUUAAUGUAUAUCGAACGAGAAUUACCAAGUGAUUCGAUUUCUCUAACGUUAAAUGAGAUAGAAGUGGAAACUCAAGUAAUUGCUUCUGAUAUGCCUUCAGCACCACUCAACGACAGUUUGCAAUUAAAAAUCUCAGUUGACAAUAUUACAGCAGAACCUGCUUUGUUACAAAGUGACCAGAUAAAUCUAGCAACUACUAAAGGGAUUACUUCAAUGUUAAACUUCCAACCACGUAUGUCUGUUUCGCGUUCAUCGACGUCGCCGACACCGCUUUACUUUAACUCUGAGACGAACAACUCUUUGCAAGAUUUUAGUUAUUAUCAAAACGAAUCGUUGAUCAACAAUCAGUGUUUAUUAAACAGUACUUUUCGUCAAUCUGACAUAGCGACUGAAACAGUUGUGACUUCGGAAGAAUCUGUUUUAGGCGAUACUUGUUUUAAGGACAGUCUUCCAAAGAAAGAUACACGAGGAAGCGAAAUAAACUUUUCGUUACAUAUGCCUCCGAACCAUCAUAACUGUAGUGUCGAACAGGGAAGAGGUAUUUCAGAUAAAAAUCAAAUUUGUGAGGAUAACGAUAUGGCAGAUGUGAUGUCAUCAGACGCUUAUAGUAAUUUUAAUCGUCAGCCGAAAUACACAAGUUCACCUCAUACAAAAACGCCCACUACCAAUAUUGUUAAUAAAAGUUUGAAGUACAGAGAGCUAAUACCUGCGAUGAAUAGUAAUGUUUUGCCGGAUACGACGGAAGAAAUCAAGGAAACUGUCUCAGAUACUUCUGACAGUAGUUCAUUAGAAGCUAAUCAGAAAUCUAAUAAUAGUAUCGCAGGAACAAUUAAGCCAUAUGCAACUUCCUCGGGCAGUGGUGUUACAAAUAUUUCAAGACGUAACGUAGACUGUUCCGCUAAUAGCAGCACACAGCAAAAAUUGUGUUUAGAGAAUAAGGAUUUUAGUGGUGUUGACAACUCUAUCUCUAUAGAAUUAAUACAAGAUACUAAUCGAGAUUUCGCGAAAAAUGAUAGAAUCGAUCAUGAAUCUGAUACUGCAGACGAUACACCACGAAAUGUAGAUGCACACCGUGACUUAUCGUUAGGCAAUGAGAGUAUUAAUCGUAAGGACAAAAGUGUAUAUUGUACAUUAGCGGAAACAGAUGUGGCGGACAGCACUGACGCGAAGGAACGCUUAGAAAAUGCGAUUAGUGAUCUCGCACAGUCAAGCGUAAGGGAGAAGAGAUUAAUUCCGCCUAGAGAUUUAUUAAGUCUAGAGAAUUAUUCCGAGUCGCAGAGCGUUAGCAAAUACUCUUCAUCUGAUUGUGCCAAAGAAACUAGCGUUUUAAGAAAUGACAGGUUUGUACCUUGUACAAGUAGCGAGGAUACGAGUAAUGUUAACGUCACAUCGGUGCUGAAAAAUGAAGAGAUCGUUGGUACGAGUAAGGAUAUAUCGAAUAUCGCUGGAUUAGUGAGUAACGUUGAAGCUAAACCGUCUUCUCCGCUCGAGACACCUCCGAACAGCUGGUCCCCCGAGAUCAUGGAUUCCGGCUACCCGAAUUCAGCUUCCGCGCAAGAUAUAACACCGGAAUACGAGUUACCUAGCAUAGCUCAGGAUUACAUACCAGACUCUGAAUCGCCGAGCGUCGCGGAAGCGCCGAGGCUCGGGGUCUUGGAGCCGGUCGAGGUGGAAAACGGCGAUUUGGCGAAUAAUAACAGAGACGGCGAAGGCAACAAUAUGAUGGCUGUGGAUGCUAAUGAUAUCGAAAACUUGCAACCGCUUAUUGACGUAUUGGAGAACGAUCUCGAGAACGAGAAUGAUAUUUACGUAAUGCAGAACGGCUUUCCUAUAUGGUUACUGAGAAUAUUGGACAUGGCGAAUCCGCUUGAUUUUGACAUGCAAGCUCGGCAAAAUCUGAGAAUUCCUAACGAAGUUGCAGGUGCUAACUAUGUAGGUCAUGACGAAGGUUUUGAUAGCUCCUCAGAGAGUGAGAAUGAUGUAGCUUACAAUGAAAUGGAAAAUGAUAAUGGACAUGAUAAAUAAAGAAUUUUACUUAAUGAGAAGGAAAGUAAAGGUAAAACUAGAGUUCCUGAAGUAACGGAAGUUAGAACAUCAGCCGCCAUUAAUAGGGAACUAUCCAGAUCUGUCUAUCUUAUUCUAUCUUACAAGAUAGAAUAAGAUGGAUUAUUCUAUCGUACAAGAUAGAAUAAGAUCUGGAACAUAGAGUGAGAAAGCAACUAAAAUAAAAUAGCUAUUUUACUUGUUUCUCGCAAAAAAAUUUGGUUCCUUAUUAUAUACGACGGAUCAAUCAAAAAUCAUUACUCCUAACUCUUACUUGAGGAACUCGUAAGUAAAACGUGAGCGUGAUAUGAUUGCAGCGUCAAAGUAAUAUCUCACAUAUCAUUCUUCGAUGCUCCUAACAAAGUUUGCAGUGUAGGCUUGAAAUUUGACUUUGUUUAUUUGAACAGUGAAUAUUUUGGACAGUAUUCUUGUUUACGUUUUUUAUAUAUAAAAGAUUGUAUUCUAAAACAGCUCGAAUAAGUUUUUUUUUUAUUUA